GGCGCGGGCGCGGGAUCCCGAGCGGAGCGGCGCGCGGGCGGCGGCCACGGGCGAGGGGGCCCGGCCGAGCCGAGCAGCGCCCGCCCCGCGCGCGCCGGGAGCCCCGCACACAAUAGCGGCGCGCGGCCCCGCGCCCUUCCUCCGCCGCAGCCUCACCUGCCGCCCGGGACGGGGCGGGCAUUGUUCCCCCGCCGCCGCCGCCGCCCCGCCGGGCGCAUGGGGGCCGCCCGGCGCCCCGGGCCGGGCCUGGCGGGGACGCCGCGCCGCCGCUGAGCCGGGCCCCGCGCGCGGCCGGGCGGCGCCGCGGAGGCCGGCCGCGCCAUGGUGGACCCGGCGGGCUUCGCCGAGGCGUGGAGGGCGCAGUUCCCGGCCUCGGAGCCGCCGCGCAUGGAGCUGCGCUCGGCGGGCGACAUCGAGCGGGAGCUGGAGCGCUGCAAGGCCUCCAUCCGGCGCCUGGAGCAGGAGGUGAACCAGGAGCGCUUCCGCAUGAUCUACCUGCAGACGCUGCUGGCCAAGGAGAAGAAGAGCUACGACCGGCAGCGCUGGGGCUUCCGGCGCGCCGCGCAGCCCCCCGACGGCGCCGCCGAGCCCCGCGCGCCGCGGCCCCCGGACGGCGCCGCCCCGCCGCCCGCCGACGAGCCCGAGGCCCGGCCCGACGGGGAGGGCUCCCCGGGCAAGGCCAGGCCCGCGGCCACGCGCAGGCCCGGGGCGGCCGCGGCCGCCGAGCGCGACGACCGCGGGGCCCCCCCCAGCGUGGCGGCCCUGCGCUCCAACUUCGAGAGGAUCCGCAAGGGCCCCGGCCAGCCCGCGGCCGCGGAUGCCGAGAAGCCCUUCUACGUGAACGUCGAGUUCCACCACGAGCGCGGCCUGGUGAAGGUCAACGACAGGGACGUGUCGGACCGCAUCAGCUCCCUGGGCAGCCAGGCCAUGCAGAUGGAGCGCAAGAAGUCCCAGCAAGGCGCCGGGCCCGGCCCGGGGGACGCGCCCAGGCCCUGCUACCGCGGGCGCGCCUCCGAAGGCGGCUGUGGCCUCGACGGCGACUAUGAGGACGCGGAGCUGAACCCGCGGUUUCUGAAGGACAACCUGAUCAACGCCAAUGGCGGCGGCCGGCCCUUUUGGCCGCCCCUGGAGUACCAGCCCUACCAGAGCAUCUACGUCGGGGGCAUGAUGGUGGAGGGGGAGGGCAAGGGCUCGCUCCAGCGCAGCCAGAGCACCUCGGAGCAGGAGAAGCGCCUUACCUGGCCCCGGAGGUCCUGCUCGCCUCGGAGCUUUGAGGACAGCGGAGGCGGCUACACCCCGGACUGCAGCUCCAACGAGAACCUCACGUCCAGCGAGGAGGACGUCUCCUCGGGCCAGUCCAGCCGCGUAUCCCCGAGCCCCACCACCUACCGCACGUUCCAGGACAAGAGCCGCUCACCCUCGCAGAACUCCCAGCAGUCCUUCGACAGCAGCAGCCCCCCCACGCCCCAGUGCCAGAAGCGGCACCGGCAGGGCCCGGUGGUUGUGUCCGAGGCCACCAUCGUGGGCGUCCGCAAGACGGGGCAGAUCUGGCCCAGCAAUGGGGACAGCUUGUCCGGCAGGCCGCCUCAGGACGGCGCCUUCCAUGGAGAGGCAGAUGCGUCGUUCGGGACGCCCCCGGGGUACGGCUGCGCCGCGGACCGGGCUGAGGACCAGCGCCGGAACCAGGACGGGCUGCCCUACGUCGACGACUCGCCCUCCUCCUCGCCCCACCUCGGCAGCAAGGGCAGGGGAGGCCGGGACGCGCCGGAAUCCACCAAAGCGAGUGAGCUGGACUUGGAAAAGGGCUCGGAGAUGAGGAAAUGGGUCUUGUCUGGGAUCCUGGCUAGUGAGGAGACUUACCUGAGCCAUCUGGAGGCACUGCUGCUGCCCAUGAAGCCUUUGAAGGCUGCCGCCACCACCUCUCAGCCGGUGCUGACCAGCCAGCAGAUCGAGACCAUCUUCUUCAAAGUGCCUGAGCUCUACGAGAUCCACAAGGAGUUCUACGACGGGCUGCUCCCCCGCCUGCAGCAGUGGAGCCACCAGCAGCGCGUGGGCGACCUCUUCCAGAAGCUGGCCAGCCAGCUGGGUGUGUACCGGGCCUUUGUGGACAACUACGGAGUUGCCAUGGAAACGGCUGAGAAGUGCUGUCAGGCCAACACUCAGUUUGCAGAAAUCUCUGAGAACCUGAGAGCCAGAAGCAGCAAGGAUGCCAAGGACCAGACGACCAAGAACUCUUUGGAAACCCUGCUCUACAAGCCUGUGGACCGGGUGACAAGGAGCACGCUGGUCCUGCACGACUUGCUGAAACACACCCCCUCCAGUCACCCCGACCACCCGCUGCUGCAGGACGCCCUCCGCAUCUCGCAGAACUUCCUGUCCAGCAUCAAUGAGGAGAUCACACCCCGCCGGCAGUCCAUGACUGUGAAGAAGGGAGAGCACCGGCAGCUGCUGAAGGACAGCUUCAUGGUGGAGCUGGUGGAGGGCGCCCGCAAGCUGCGGCACGUCUUCCUCUUCACCGACCUGCUCCUGUGCACCAAGCUCAAGAAGCAGAGCGGGGGCAAAACCCAGCAGUACGACUGCAAGUGGUACAUCCCGCUCACGGAUCUCAGCUUCCAGACGGUAGACGAGUCGGAGGCCGCGCCCACCAUCCCCCUGGUGCUGGACGAGGAGCUGGACGCCAUGAAGAUCAAGAUCUCCCAGAUCAAGAGUGACAUCCAGAGAGAGAAGAGAGCGAACAAGGGCAGCAAGGCCGUCGAGCGGCUGCGGAAGAAGCUCUCGGAGCAGGAGUCGCUGCUGCUGCUCAUGUCGCCCAGCAUGGCCUUCCGCGUGCACAGCCGCCACGGCAAGAGCUACACGUUCUUGAUCUCAUCCGACUACGAGCGGGCGGAGUGGAGGGAGCACAUCCGGGAGCAGCAGAAGAAGUGUUUCAAGAGCUUCUCCCUGACGUCCGUGGAGCUGCAGAUGCUGACCAACUCGUGCGUCAAGCUGCAGACCGUCCACAGCAUCCCGCUGACCAUCAACAAAGAAGACGAUGAGUCUCCGGGGCUGUACGGGUUCCUGAAUGUCAUUGUCCACUCCGCCACCGGCUUUAAGCAGAGUUCAAAAAACCGAGGACUUCCCUGGCGGUCCAGUGGUGAGGACUCCACGCUUCCACUGGAGGGGGCACGGGUUCCAUCCCUUGUCCGGGAACCAAGAUCCCGCAUCCCACGUGGUCUGUACUGCACCCUGGAGGUGGAUUCCUUUGGCUACUUUGUGAAUAAAGCCAAGACGCGCGUCUACAGGGACACGGCUGAGCCCAACUGGAACGAGGAGUUUGAGAUCGAGCUGGAAGGCUCGCAGACCUUGAGGAUACUGUGCUACGAGAAGUGUUACAACAAAACCAAGAUGACCAAGGAGGACGGCGGCGAGAGCGCCGACAGGAUCAUGGGGAAGGGCCAGGUGCAGCUGGACCCCCAGGCCCUACAGGACAGAGACUGGCAGCGGACCGUCAUUGCCAUGAACGGGAUUGAAGUGAAGCUGUCAGUCAAGUUCACCAGCAGGGAGUUCAGCCUGAAGAGGAUGCCUUCCCGAAAACAGACAGGCGUCUUCGGCGUCAAGAUCGCCGUGGUCACCAAGAGGGAGCGGUCCAAGGUGCCCUACAUCGUGCGCCAGUGCGUGGAGGAGAUCGAGCGCCGGGGCAUGGAGGAGGUUGGCAUCUACCGCGUGUCCGGAGUGGCCACUGACAUCCAGGCGCUGAAGGCAGCCUUUGACGUCAACAACAAGGACGUGUCGGUGAUGAUGAGUGAGAUGGACGUGAACGCCAUCGCCGGCACGCUGAAGCUCUACUUCCGGGAGCUGCCCGAGCCCCUCUUCACGGACGAGUUCUACCCCAACUUCGCCGAGGGCAUCGCCCUCUCAGACCCCGUGGCGAAGGAGAGCUGCAUGCUUAACCUGCUGCUGUCGCUCCCGGAGGCCAACCUGCUGACCUUCCUCUUCCUUCUGGACCACCUGAAAAGGGUGGCGGAGAAGGAGACGGUGAACAAGAUGUCCCUGCACAACCUCGCCACAGUGUUCGGACCCACGCUGCUCCGGCCCUCGGACAAGGAGAGCAAGCUCCCCGCCAACCCCAGCCAGCCCAUCUCCAUGACCGACAGCUGGUCCCUGGAGGUCAUGUCCCAGGUCCAGGUGCUGCUGUACUUCCUGCAGCUGGAGGCCAUCCCCGCCCCGGACAGCAAGAGACAGAGCGUCCUCUUCUCCACCGAAGUCUAAAGGCCCAGCUCCACCUCCGUGGGCCUCCUAGGGAAAUGGGCCCUCCGCAGAGCAGGAACCGAACCUUCUAGAGGAGUCACGGGGCCACCCCCCCAGGGCCAGGCUGCUGUCGAGAGACAACGACCCAAGGCAAAAGGCCAAGUGGCCUGGGCAGCUCCCGGCCCCCAGCCCGCGAGGCCUGCGAGCUCUGGGCUGGCCUCAGACGGUGGUUCUCCACGCCGCCGCCAGAGGGCACCCCAAGCCAGUGCACCUCCAGUCACGGGCCUGGGCGGGACCAGGCGAAGGGAGUGGUUUUAUGCAUUUAACUUAUGAGCGUUUAAAGAUUACUGGAUCACCUGUCGAGAUGCAGCCUCUCCGGGGAGAAGGGAACAGGAGCAGACUCCCUCGGUAUCGUGUCUCGAAUAAACACUGCUGCUGCUUCAUGCUGCGGGGCCAGGCCCCGUCCAGCGUGGGUGGGGGCCUUUGGAUUUCCCAGACUUAGAAAUUCGACUCCUGUUUGUAACGGGGUUUGAAAAGCUAAGUCUGCACUGUGUAGCGCUUGACCCCUUUCGCCUUCUUUCUUCUCUUUCUAGAAGGAUCUGUGCAGAAAUGGGUCUGUUUCCUCUUCUGU